AUGAAUCAAUGGAUUGCAGGUGAAACGUGCCACGGCGACGAGACCUUACUUGUUCGCUCGUUGCUGGCGCACAGGCUGACGGAAGAUUGGCUGCAGGCACAGGAGAAUCUCGUCGACGGUGACGAGGAGGAGCCGCCGCGAGGGCAGCCUGGCUGCUCCACGCUCCUGCCCUGCUGUCCUGGCUGCUCCACGCUCCUGCCCUGCUGUCCUGGCUGCUCCACGCUCCUGCCCUGUUGUCCUGGCUGCUCCACGCUCCUGCCCUGCUGUCCUGGCUGCUCCACGCUCCUGCCCUGCUGUCCUGGCUGCUCCACGCUCCUGCCCUGCUGUCCUGGCUGCUCCACGCUCCUUCCCUGCUAUCCUGGCUGCUCCACGCUCCUGCCCUGCUGUCCUGGCUGCUCCACGCUCCUGCCCUGCUGUCCUGGGGCUCAUCGCUCCUACCCUGCUGUCCUGGCUGCUCCACGCUCCUGCCCUGCUGUCCUGGCUGCUCCACGCUCCUGCCCUGUUGUCCUGGCUGCUCCACGCUCCUGCCCUGCUGUCCUGGCUGCUCCACGCUCCUGCCCUGCUGUCCUGGCUGCUCCACGCUCCUGCCCUGUUGUCCUGGCUGCUCCACGCUCCUGCCCUGCUGUCCUGGCUGCUCCACGCUCCUGCCCUGCUGUCCUGGCUGCUCCACGCUCCUUCCCUGCUAUCCUGGCUGCUCCACGCUCCUGCCCUGCUGUCCUGGGGCUCAUCGCUCCUACCCUGCUGUCCUGGCUCCUCCAUGCUCCUGCCCUGCUGUCCUGGCUGCUCCACGCUCCUGCCCUGCUGUCCUGGCUGCUCCACGCUCCUGCCCUGCUGUCCUGGGGCUCACUGCUCCUACCCUGCUGUCCUGCUCCUCCAUGCUCCUGCCCUGCUGUCCUGGCUGCUCCACGCUCCUGCCCUGCUGUCCUGGCUGCUCCACGCUCCUGCCCUGUUGUCCUGGGGCUCGCCGCUCCUGCCCUGCUGUCUUGGCUGCUCCACGCUCCUGCCCUGCUGUCCUGGGGCUCGCCGCUCCUGCCCUGCUAUCCUGGCUGCUCCACGCUCCUGCCCUGUUGUCCUGGUGCUCGCCGCUCCUGCCCUGCUGUCCUGGCUGCUCCACGCUCCUGCCCUGCUGUCCUGGGGCUUGCCGCUCCUGCCCUGUUGUCCUGGCUGCUCCACGCUCCUGCCCUGCUGUCCUGGCUGCUACAAGCUCAUGCCCUGCUGUCCUGGGGCUCGCCGCUCCUGCCCUACUGUCCUGGCUGCUCCACGCUCCUGCCCUGCUGUCCUGGCUGCUCCACGCUCCUGCCCUGCUGA